GUCGCCCAACUUCCUCCUAAUUGCACUGAUGGUCAAGCUGAAACUACUGGACGUACUUGUUCUCCUCCUGGACAACUUCCACCAGUACCACCACCACCACCACCUGCUGAACCUCAUGUUCCUGGUGAUCAGUCCAGUCACGGUGGGGGACAGAAUAAAGUUGAAGGUGGCGGUUCUUCAUCACGUCUUGAGGCUAAUCGUGAUACCCAUAGCGGGAGAGAGGAGUUGGGCCCUCAGGAACGUGAAGGACAUGACUCUCCAGAUAAAAGACAGGAGAAAGGGAGUCUAAACGCAGGACAGAAAACAGAAACGAACCUGGAGCAUCCGUCAAAAGAAGAGGGUCCAGAGAAUUCAAGGAGAGCUACAACAUCCUCAACACAUGAAGUGGGAAGUACAGGGACUACUAACAAUAACGAGGAUCAACAAGCAGAAGGAAAUCAUAUUCAGCCUUCUUCACAGACUUCUGAUGCAUCUGUUACAGAUUCACCGAAUUCUCAGAUCGCCCAAAGCGAUACAACGGAACAACCUCAAUCUUCUGGCAACACACAAAAUACUCAAGCUCAAAAUGCUCAGACUGAGAAUGCUAAUGCUGCUGCGAACCAUGCAGAGGUUGAAUCACCAAAGGACACUUCCAAUACAACCAGUAAUGAGACUUCAACUACACCCACUACAACUACAACACUUCCACCUGAACUCACAAACAACAAGAAGGGUGAUGCAGACAGCAGCAGCANAUUAUUAUUGCUACUCCAUUGUGUGUGUGUGUCUGUUCUUGGAGACUCUCUCUCUGUGUCUGCCUGGGCUUGCACUGUAAUGAUGAUGAUGAUGAUGAUGAUGAUGAACUGCUUUUUUGUACUGAAAAGUAAUGAAAUAAUAAUAAUAAUAAUAACAGAUGAAUUUAUAUUUAUAAUUGCGUAUAUAUACACACAUAUAGACUUACACCCAUAG